AUGGUCGAAGGUAAUGGUAGCAAUGAGGAGCAAUAUUCUGCUUUGGUUGUAGAUGAUAAUGCAUGUAUCAGAAAUGUUGCACAAAUGUUACUUAAUAAGUGCGGAUUCAAAACUAAAGUUGCUGAACAUGGCAAAGAUGCGGUUGACAUUUGUAGUGAGGGUAACGUUUUUGAUGCUAUUUUCAUGGAUAUGGAAAUGCCCGUGAUGGAUGGGAUUCAGGCAACCAAGGAACUGCGAGCCAUGGGUGUCAAAAGCUUAAUUGUUGGUGUAACAGCUUGUGAGUCAAAGUCUAGUCUUCAAGCAUUCGUCGAAGCUGGUUUAGACGAAUACUUUGAGAAGCCCUUAAAUGUUGCAAAAGUUGAAAACAUACUCAAGCGACUCAAAAAGUAA